UGAAUUUUAAAAGAAUAAAUCGGUGUUGCGGAAAAGGGAAUCGUUCGAAUAGAAAAAGAAAAAAUAUUAACAGGAUGCGAGGAUUUCGAGAUAAAUCAAAGAACGAUUCGUUUAAAAGCGAGUGUCCUAGAUUCAUAGGCUAUAUCGUAAUAUCUCCACCUUCCUUCGACACUACUUCUUGACGGUACCGAAAGGAAAGGAAACCGCCAAUGCUUCCCAUUUGGUUUGCUUUGGAAGACAUCGUAGCACGUAUCCACACAGCCACUUUCAUUGUUCUUUUAUCUGCCUUAGCUUCAAGAAGUCAUAUAAGUUGAUUCUAACCAUCACUGACUUCUUUUUUUUUACCGACUGCUACUCGUAUAUCUUGAAUUUGAAUUUGCGUUACCGAAGGAGGACAAGAGAAAGAAGAAGGAGAAACAUUUUUUUAUUGCUGAUUUUUAAGGAGAAAGUUGAUCUGGAAAAUUCGAUAGAGUUAUGCCAUCGUACAAGAUCAAAAUCUGGCCAUUGUUGUUGAUGUUAAUAUUUAUUACGUUCGAUUGGACGACUUCAGAGAGUGAUACAACAAUUGGAAACAGAGAUGGUUGCGGUGAAAGAUUGGAACGUGCUUUGGAUGCACUUCAGAGAGAUUCGAAUAGAAGAAGGAAUAGAUUAGAAGAGGGAGAAGGUCGAGAACCAAAUUAUCAAGAAGAAUUACGUUCGGCGCCAUUAGCAAUGACGAUUUCACGGAUCGCAGUUAAGUUUCCACAGAGUGGAAGAAGUCGAGGAAGUUCAUGGGCAAGAGUAGAAAAAUGUUUUUUCGAACCUUCGAAUAAUUCAUUAAAAACCAGAGUAACAUUCAACGAUUUAUCGGUAUCGGGAACAGUAUCGUUGUUGAUGAGAGAAGAACGACGAUCUCAUAUACCUUUAGAAUCAUGUAGAAUGACUCUACGUUUGAGACAAGCUGGUAUAGAUAUUUUCACUGGUACAAUCGCCAGAGCUCGUGGACAAAUGCGAAUACGUACGGAAUCGAGUUUUUUGGAGCCACGAUUUGCUUCGCUCUACGCUUAUGGAUGUCAUCCACAUCGUCAUGACAAACAGCUUAAAAGACAGGACAAAUGGCCACCGUAUUAUCCUCCUCGUGACGAACUUUCUGUAUUAUCAGCUGAACCACGUCGCUUAUUCACCGUCUCUGAGGAUGUAGAUCUUUCAAUAGCAAACGAAAGUCGAAUUGCACGUACUUCAAGUGGACAAAUAAGAAACUUAGGUACCUGGAGAAAUAAUCUUUGGAUCACUAAAUCAGCUGUACGUCGAAGAAGAGGUAUUACAAAACGUAAUACGAACGAUUUAACAACGACUGCGAAUAAAAAAGAUAAAGAUAAUACCGAGGAUCGUCAAGGAUCUAAUAAAUCCUCAACAGAGAUCGAGAUAACACCGAGUGAUUUUGUAACUGCAUUGGUCAAUGGUAAAAAACUUUCGGAGGCCAAAGAAUCGACGAUCGAAUCAACGACGACAACCACGACUAUUGAUCUUCUUGAUCAUUCUGUUAAUUUAUUAAAAAACGAAACUAUCGACGAUUGCCAUGAAGAGAAAUCAAAUUUUAAAAGGGAAUAUACAUAUAAUGAAUCACCAAGAGUAGAAUCUAGAGAAACUCUUUUAUUGGAUGAAAAUAUUUAUGACAUUUUCAUGUCUGGUCUUAAUGACGAUGACGAAAACGUUGAUAAUAACGAUGAUGAUAAUGGUAAUAAUCGAAGCUGGCAAUCAAAAGAAUAUAUUGCCAGAGAAAUGGAAGAUAUUUUUCUUCGUGGUGCCAGUAGAACAUUGACCAGUUAUAUCGAACGACAAUUGCAUCCUGCUAUCAAGGAAGCUCUUAUGAUUUCUAUGGGAUAUACCAUUAGUUAUGGAUAGAUAUGUAGAUAGAUAGAUAUUACAUCGAAUCGGUGUAACUACAAUUAGUUAUUUAUUAGCAAUAAAUAUAUUAUUGUU